UAAAAUCGUACAUGCUAAACAAAGAUAUCUGUUUGCGUUUAACAUCUUUGGCAUAGCCUGUGGAUUCUACAUGUAUGAUCGAACCUCCACACUGAAUAUAGAACCUUAAAGAACAAAAAUGAGUACGAAUUUCGUCGACGAUUGUCUAGCCAACCAGGGGCCAAUUCAAAAGAAUAUAAAAGGACAGGCAAAUUGCAAACGGUGUACAAAACGGGGGACACGUGGGGCCGAAGAAAUGAGUUCAGAUAUUGUAACAAAUCCUGGGAGCAAGGGACACACAGAUGAUCAUGGUCAUCCACCUGGGGUUAGAGGAGAAGAACGACAUGCUGUUCAAUUCGUCGAGAAAGUUGAUCCCAAUAUUGAAUGUUGUGAAUGCGGUCAUGUGUUACAAGAAGGUAUUCAGACAGCGUGUGGACAUAGGGUGUGCGAAAAACAUAUUAAUGAUAGCUUGGAAAAAGGAGAGAUAUAUACUUGCCAAGGGGGAGACCCAGACUGUGUUGAAGUAAAUGAGAAAAACAGACACAAUUUGAUAUACCCAGAUUAUGUUGCUAGGAAGGUCAUCUUAACCUUACAUGUAUAUUGCUUGAAUAGGGAAUAUGGCUGUUCCGAGGAAACCCCAUUAAAAUCAUUACAGAAACAUCUUGCAAAAUGUGACUUCAGAAAGAUACAAUGUAAAAAUGAAGGAUGUAAUGAGUUCAUUUGUUCCAAAGAAUUGGAAGAACAUAUGACACAAGAGUGCGACUUUAGAAUUGAGAUAUGUCCAAAAUGCAAUGAUCCAACACCUCAUGCACGUAUAAGUGAACAUUUAUUAAAACAAUGUAGAGAAGAACUGAUCAAAUGUCCAUAUAAAUGUGGAUCGGAAUUCAAAAGAAAAGAACAGGAAUCACAUGAAAAGUAUUGUACGUCUAAGCCUACAACUUGUGAACUAAAGACACUGGGAUGUGGAUUUAAGGGAUCUCAAGAAGAUGUUAAAAAACACGAAUCUCUAAGUAAUAUUGAACAUCUUGGAAUGUUUUCUAAGAAGCUAGAAAAACAGUCUGUUGAAUCAAAUACACUAGAAAGACAAAUAGAAGAGAUGAAAAAUGAAAAAGAAAUAUAUAAGAAAGAAAUGAAGGAC